ACCACGUACCCUUCAUCUUGACCGGCGAAAAGGGCUCUCUUGAGGUGUCCUCGGAGCAGGGCGCACUAGCCGACGUAGCACCUACCAUCCUUGCCAUUCUCGGUGUCAAGCAACCAGAAGGUGGGUCCGCAUGAUGGGAUCAUACCGUCGCUGACCAGCGUCGCACCACAGAGAUGACUGGAAGAUCGUUGCUGGUGUCGAAGUAGCCAACACUGGCAUUCAAGUAGAGUCUGUACUGCCUACAAAAAAAAUCUAGUCCUAUGCACACAGUCUAUAGAUCCAAAAGUCUCGUUGCACGUGGGAGAAGCCAAAAAACCCAUCCGGGACCUCCACGUCUUGAGUCCACUUUUUGAGCAUCAGCGGAGCUGGAUCUACCAAGUUUGCCCUACGACCAUGAAAGAGGAGUCGGCGACAUGGGGGCAUGCGCCGCCCAAACUGAUGACAAUGGCCAUGCUGCCCAUCGCGGUGACGCUCAUCGCCCAUCCGCUCUUGCCCCUGCUGUUGCCAGACAACAUUCUCAAUCUUUUACCAGAUCUUCCUCCACAACCCACUUUCCCUGCUCUCCAAGCCAGCAUCGGCUUCUCAUUCCUCUCCUUUCUUGGAAUAGUCUGGACUGUACCCUCCAUCGCUCAGCCUUUCGCCGACAAAGGCCUUAGGGGUAGAGAUCUAUGCAAGCCCGGAGGGAGGGAGAGUGGACCAUGGGUACCGGAAUGCAUGGGUCUUCCGCUGGCUUGCUGGUACAUUGCCUUGAUGAUGCUUUUCAUCCCUUUUCCAUUCUCUCACAUGUUUACUCCUCGCAAAGGUGAAGAAGUGGGUAGAGAGACGUUCCCACAAGCAGAGCUCUCGCUGUAUCUCUCGUCCCUGUUGUCGCUUUUUACUGCGACACUCCUCGGUUUCUUAGACGACCUGUUUGACAUACGUUGGCGGCACAAAUUACCUAUACCGCUGAUUGCCUCGGUGCCGAUGCUGUUGGUGUAUUAUUCCGAAGGUGGAUUGACCUCGGUCGUUCUUCCCCGGAUCGCGGACAAAUGGCUGUCAGCAGCUGGGCUUCACGUCGGAAGAGUCGUCAAUCUCGGCCCUCUGUACUACCUCUACCUGAUCCUUGUGCCUACAUUUACCACUAAUGCCAUCAACAUCUUGGCUGGAAUCAACGGCGUUGAAGCCAUCCAAGCCCUUGUCAUCGCAGCUUCCAUCCUCCUGAAUGAUCUGCUCUUCCUGCCCAUAUGGCCACGGUCAUUCCUCAUAGCCCUUGGUGGAGUGGGCAACCCGCAUGAGGGGAGAUUGCUGCAUUGGGCCGCAGGUGAAGUCGUCAAGCGCCAUCUCAUGAGCUCCUAUUUCAUGAUGCCGCUCGUCGGGGGCAUCUUGGGAUUCUUGUGGCACAACUGGUACCCUGCUCGAGCAUUUCCUGGCGACACCUUCUGCUAUUUCACUGGCAUGGCUUUCUCCGCAGUGGCUAUUCAAGGCCAUUUCUCCAAGACACUCAUCCUCUUCUUUAUCCCUCAGAUCUUCAACUUCAUUCUAUCGUGCCCUCAGAUCUUCCACAUCGUUCCAUGUCCUCGCCAUAGAUUGCCAAAGUAUUCUGAGGCGACAGAUACGUUGAGUCCAAGUGUUGCAGAGUUCACAAAGCCUUUAACCUGGCCUGCGAUUAUCAUACUGCGCAUAUUCGAGGCUCUACGGCUGGUUCGCUUGACUAGAGAGGUCGAACAUGCUGCAUACAACGGCAAAGGCUCCACAAAGCAGGUCAGUACUCGCUCAGGGCGGAUCAUAUCCUGCACCAACAUGACGAUCCUCAACUUUCUGCUCGUCAAUUUUGGACCGAUGCGAGAAAGCAGUCUCUGCACCCUACUUGGGGCGAUACAAGUCGGUGGGAGCCUCGUCGCUUUUGGUGUAAGAUAUGGCAUGGCAUCUUGGGUGUAUGGUGGUGACCGAAGGUAAUCAUAGAAUCAUGCAA